AUGCUCAUCUUUUCGGCAUUCAAGACUCUCACAGGUCAACAGGUGACAAUCGAGCUCAAGAACGACCUCGCUAUUCAGGGCACCCUGAAGAGUGUUGAUCAGUUCUUGAACUUCAAGAUUGACAAUAUUCGCGUACUAGAUGAAGCGAAGCACCCGCACAUGAUGGCUGUCAAGUCAGCAUUCAUCCGAGGCUCCGUCGUACGAUACGUACACAUCCCCGCCGCUGCCGUCGACACACAAUUGCUCGAGGACGCCACAAGAAGGGAGGCUGCUUCCCAGGCCAAACGAUAA